UAGAAAUUAGAAUAAAACAAUAUGGAGGAUGAACGAAGUGGAAAGAAAACACCAGAAGAAUUAUACUAAUUCUUGGUGUCAGCGAACUCUAAGUAGACAAGAGUAGCGGUAUUGUGUUUAAUACUUGUUAGAAAACACUUUCAAUUGAUUGACUUCCCUGGGAAUGCGCUUUUCACCAGCCUUUAGUAGCGAUGGGUACUAAACAGAAAGAUGGAAUACAACUAGAACGUUCAUUUCUUCUACGAUUACCUGAGCCACAGGCAGAGAUGGUGAGGAAAACUCUUCAUGCUGGAUUUGUUAAAGAUUAUCUUAGUAUUGAGUUCCAAGCUGAUAAUCGUCACUCAACGGUCAGAGUGGGAAAGUCAUGCCUUACAGGAAAGUUGAUGGAUUUACCCAGUAUUGUUGAAUCCCUGAAAACAGUAGAUAAGAAAAGUUUUUAUAAAACAGCAGAUAUAUGUCAGAUGUUGGUGUGUACUGACGAGAGUGAUGAGCCAAAUGUAGAUGUGGAAGAAACAUCAGAACAAACAUCUCAUAAAAAAGAUAAGAAAUUUGUGUUCAACCACGGUGUAACUCCGCCACUAAAAAAUGUACGAAAACGAAGAUUUCGAAAGACAGCGAGAAAAAAGCAUCAAGAAUGUCCAGAAGUUGAAAAGGAGUUAAAGAGGUUGUUGAGAGCAGAUGUUCAAGCAGAGAGUGUCACAUUCGAAGUUUUAGCGGAUGAAGAAAAGAACGAAGAGAAUCCUAGUUUAAUAUCAUCACCGCUUGGUCACCAUGGUGAUGAGAUAGAUCACCUGGCAUUCCUACAAGAACCAAUGAGCGACGAGGAAGAUGAGCUGGAUAUUGAAAAUAUUCAGAAAGAAACUCCGUCAUCAAGUCAACUGUCUACUGCUUCAGUUGUUGAUGAAACUCGCGACACCUCCCUAAAUUUUAAAGAAAAACAACUUUCUCAAGCAUUUGCAGAUAAAACAUCUCAGCCUGUCAGUUAUGACGCUAUUGAUGAUUGUGAAGAGCUCAGAAAAAAGAUCGAAGCACAAAAGGCUCGAAUAGAAAACGCAGAAAAUCCCUUUCUUAAGCAACGAUUUCAAAGUACGCUUGAAAAACUCGAACAACAGCUUAAAGAAAGAGAAAGUAAAGCAACCCAAUCCUGACUGCAUUUUCGGUAUAGUAUUGAACACCAUGUCCUUGGUGUCUGGGCGAAGUUUAUUUUGACCCGAAAAGUAUCACUGAUUAUCAAAUCAACGCUGACCAUGAAAACUUGACUUGAGAAACAUAUUAUGGCUCAUUUGGGGAAUUGGGGCCAACUAGUGAACAGGUCAACUUGAGCAAUUUGCCAAAAUCAUUUUAGAGGGUGUGACAAUGUCCCCUAAAGGCUGGAACACACUGGUUAAACUAUCACGUACUAUUCCUAAGUCUGCGAGGAAAAAAUGGAGAUAUUGGCCGUUUUCACGCUAGAGAAGCAUAAUGCGUCUUCUCUGGUUAUUCGUCUUCAGUAUAAAGACGAACAACAGACGCAUAACCAACGAUAGUUCGUCUAGACGGAUAAUGCGUCUGCCCGUGUGAAGACGGCACAUAGACGAAUAAUUCUGGAAAGAAAUUCUAAUGUAAUAUAUUCGCGCGUGUUUCCAUUGACUUAUUUGUCUGAUUAGCUGUCCGGCCAUUCUUUCAUUCGUGAAAUUCGUAAAAUUAAGCACGAAUGACAAAAUAUCUCAUAUUGGUCCCCGCAGACUAGGAAUAUGUGCCGGUCGGUGAAAAUUGUCACGAGUGCAAGGUGUUUGCGUGCCAGUUUACCAGGAAGUUUACCAGUGAACGCGAGGCGUCAUGUAUUUGACGUUGCUAUACCUGAAAAUGCGACAUUCCCUCUUUUGAGGUUCUGUGAGUCAAAAUGUGUAUUACUUAUAAUUAUAGUAAAGAACUGUUGUGUGUAUCUUGA